AAAAUGGCGGCUAGAAAUUCAGCUUCAGCAACAAGACCCGCACGGGCCGCAAAUGAGAUUUUAACGCAAAUAUUAAGUCAUGUUGGGGAAUUAUCUGAUGCUUUAAGUCCAUCUGCCAGUAUCGGAUCGGCAGGCCAAGGUACCAGCACUCGAAACACAGGCAAUACUAUAAACCAAACAGUGGAGGAAGAGGUCAGGAAAGUGUUUGGACGAUCUGAACGACCAUCCAACACGCUAAAUACAGCUGAAGGUGGGGUGAUUGAAAAUCCAGAAGAGCAUCCAGCAUUAUAUAAUGCUGAAUAUGUACCAGAUGAGGUGGCUAAUGAAGUUGCUAUCCGUGCAGAAGCUGCAAUUACAGAUGUUGAAGUUGCAGAAGUGGCAGAAUGUACUAUUACAAAUACUGUUCAACAAGAUCCUGUAGAUUGGGCAUGUGAUGAGAUUUCCACCGGCACUGAUGAUCAUCUCUUGGAAGAUGCGCCUGCACUUGUUAAAGAGAUUGCCAUUCAUCGUAGCAAUGUGUUGAAAGACAUGAUUGCAGCCUUUAAAGAGGAGGAAGUUCUUAAUUGUGCUCUUGAAAUAGUUUUUAUUGAUAACCAAGGAAAGAUUGAAGAGGGGAGAGGCUCUGGAGUGAAAAGAGAAGCAUUCAGUUUAUUUUGGAGCGAGUUCUACGACUCUUUGACGCUCGGCGUUUCUGAAAAAGUUCCAGCCAUUCGGCACGAUUAUCAAAUGACCGAAUGGCAAAGUGUCGGGCGUAUCCUUUUUGUCGGCUAUUCCAAGUUUAGUUAUUUUCCUAUCGGAUUGUCAAAAGCAUUUAUAGCUUCGUGCUUUUUCACAGAAGAAUUACUCCCGAAUGAAUGGCUAUUGGAUUCUUUUCACCGAUACAUAGCUGCAGACGAGAGUGAAACUCUCAAGAAGUGUUUGACUCCGGAAUGCGGGGACCUUGGAAAAAAUCAAGAUCUUCUUGAUUUCUUAAGUGCCUACAAGUGUUAUCGGGUCGUUAGCAAGGAGAACAUGCCAACAAUUAUCGACGAACUUGCUCAUCAAGAAUUGAUUCAACGUCCGAAAUACAUAGCAAAUGCAUGGAUUCCUAUCGUUAACAAGCUUAAACAACACCCAGAAUUUACUAGCAUAGAAAGCUUGCAUGCUCUUUAUGAGGCAAAAAAGCCAUCUAAUAAAAAAGUUUGUAAUCUUUUAAGAGCGAAUCCCAGCACUGACGCCGAAAGAGAGUGUCUGUCUCAUUUGAAGAGGUUCAUUAAAUCUCUCGACCACGCUAUGCUUCGCCUAUUUCUGCAGUUCAUAACCGGUAGUGAUACCCUUGCUGUGGAAAAGGUUGAUGUUGGAUUUAAUGAAGAAAUUGGUUUUAGUCGUCGUCCAACAGCCCACACGUGUGGUCCUCUUCUGGUCAUUCCGGCUAAUUACCAGUCAUACAAUGAACUGUCUGAAGAAUUUAGUAGUAUUCUUCGUCGUCAUGGAGAAUGGUCAUUUCAUAUCGUUGAUUUCCAAAGAGUUAAAGACUAA